AUGCCAAAGCUGAAAUCUUCCCCCCGCCAUGUCAACAAGCGCAGCAAGCCACGGCCGAAGAAAUCAUUAUACCACCCGGUCGACUCCACAAAACUCGAAAUCCGCCUCCUUCACAUCGACACGCACCCAACAGACCGCGCAGGUAGAAUCGAGUGCCGACUCGAGCACGUCUCUCUACUCGAUCAGCCCCCAAAUUUCUACGAAGCCAUAUCCUGGUGCUGGGGUGACCCAACCCCUCGAAAGGACAUAGUACUCGAUGGAGCACGCUUCAAAGUCUCGAUGAACGCAGAGGAAGUCAUUCGGCACCUGUGCUUCGAGCAAGGCCAUGCCAUCGUUUGGCUCGACGCUGUCUGUAUCGAUCAGUCGAAUAUUCAGGAGAGGGCCGAGCAAGUGGCCAUCAUGAAAGAUGUGUAUCCACGCGCGGAGAGAGUGCUGGUUUGGCUCGGAAACAAUAUGGAUAGCAGCGCAGAAGCAGCGAUGGAGUCAAUUGAUAAGAUACUAGCUCAAUGCAGCGAGUCAGCGAAAACGCCCGAAGACUACGACAGCGUAUUUUUCUACUCUGACGGCCGCGGCCGAUUUACGCGGCUGGAACUACCGCACUGUGACUGGGCGGCCGUGGAGACAUUCUUUUCAGCACCGCUCUUCGUCCGCGUCUGGUUUAUUCAAGAAGUCGUGCUCAGUAAACAAGCGUCUUGCUUCUGCGGUCGGUUCUCGAGAACCUGGAAUGAUGUCAUCCUUGCGGCACAAUGGCUUAACCAUCGAAGCUACUGGCAAGAUGCGUGUAUAGGUCACUUGGUGACAGGACUCGAAAAUCUCAGUAGUAUCUGGCAGUUUACUAGCGGGAAGGACUUCUUUGCCAAUUGGCUCGUCAUGGGCACAGAGAUGCAGACGUCUUUACCAUCAGACAAAGUUUACGGCCUGCUGGGUCUUUUGCAGAUGGACGAAAAUCGUCGAUUGGAGCUGAAGCCUGAUUACAAUGCUCGGCUGGAUUUGGUCUACACGACCGCCACAAGGCUGGCUAUCGAAGAACUUGCAGGUCACUUAGAUCAGUUGUACUUACUACCAUUCACUCGAUACUUGGUGCCUCCCGAAGGUCGAGAGCCGGAUAGCUGCGAUAGACUUUCGUGGCCUUCGUGGGUGCUACGGUACGAUUGGUCGCUCGACUCUACUCGAAGUCCCGCUCCCGUCUCAAUAUUCGGUAAUGGAGUCGCCGAAGGUUUACCUGCGACCAUUCGGGAGUUUGAUCCAGUCAGACCUCAUAUAUUGAGCGUCAAGGGACUCGUAGUUUCUCGGUGUUGCUGGCGAGGCGAAUUGCUACCUCUUGCACUCUUUGAAAGAGAUGACGAUCUUCAUUGUUUCGCAAAAGCGUUACUCCACUGCCGAUCGGUAGCACAAGCGCAGGACCAUUCCAACGAGAAUAUAGCAGUAACCCUGACGAGUCGUUGCAAUGUAGCUGGCCAUGAUGCCCUGGAAGACGUAGAAUUCAUGGAGAGCUAUUACAGAUGCCUGGCUGCAUGUGAGGAGAUGGUUAAAGCAGACCAGGAGUCUCAGUCAUCUAUAAACGUAGCCGCAGCUGUGGCCGACUAUCGACAAGCCAUGUCCUACGGCACAUGCAACCGAGUGUUCUUCAUGACUGCAUCGGGUCACAUGGGCACAGCACCAGGCGGUAUGGAAAGGGACGACACUGUUGCAAUUUUAUUUGGAAGUGUACUCCCUAUGGUCCUUCGCGAACAGAAGGACGGCCAAUGGAGACUCAUUGGCAAUGCCUACGUGCAUGGAAUCAUGGAAGGCGAGUACUUUCGACAGCUAAAAGAGGAAGGUCGUCUGGAAGAAGAGACGCAAUGGUUCGAUAUCUGUUGA